AUGUUCCACCAAGUCAAAGUAAAUCCUGCUGAUUAUGACGCAUUCCGGUUUCUAUGGUGGCCUGAUGAUGACCUCAGCAAAGAUCCUGUCGACUACCGCAUGGAAGUACAUCUAUUUGGCGCAACGUCGUCACCGAGCUGCUCUAGUUAUGCGCUGCAAAGAACUGCUCAUGACUAUAGUCAUUUAUUCUCUGAUGAAGCUGUAAGUACCGUUAAGAACAAUUUCUACGUAGAUGAUUGUUUGAAGUCGGUCAAGACAAGCGAGGAAGCUAUAAGUUUAGUAAAAGAACUUACAGACAUGCUAUCGAUGGGAGGCUUUAGACUGACCAAGUGGCUAAGUAAUGACCCAGACGUGAUAGGAUCCAUCCCUGAAAGUGAAAGAUCGGCGAAGGUACUCGAUCUCGACAUGGACAAGGAAAGGCUUCCGGUUGAGAGGACAUUGGGUCUAAAAUGGGACAUGCACGCAGACAAGUUCAUCUUUGAUGUAAUGCCUAAGGAGAAGCCAGCUACGCGGAGAGGAAUCCUGUCUGUCACAAGCUCCGUAUACGACCCUCUAGGAUUUCCUAGCCAAUCCUUGUUCGUAAUUCAUACCACGUGCAGUAACUGGAAAUCGGAGGAAGUUACUAGGCGUACUGAAUUAAUUUUGAUCCAGUUUCUCCGUACUGAAUUAAUUUUGUUCCAGUUUCUCCAAGCUGAUUUAAUUUCUCAGAUAAUUUCAAAGUCCAAGUUAUUGAAGUUCUUUUAA